UUAACUUGCAUGUUGACAAUGUUUUGCUAAAAAUCACCUCCCAGAAGGAUGUUUAAUUCAUUGUGUCCAACUUAGUGAAUGCUUCUUGGUUAGCAAUUCCUGUAGGCAAGAUAGGUGACUCUGCACUUUCUAUCUUAAGUUUCGAUGGAGAAAGGAUUAUCAGUUUGUAGCUUGCAAGAUGACAGCCAUCUCUUGGACCAGGUUGCCACACCAUGCCACCAUGGUAAUCUUCAUGCUGGUAAUGGCUGAGUAUUUCCUUUUGCCUCCCCCAGAUUUUGAAUUUAUGUACACUCUGACAGCCUAAUUAACUGAUGUAGUUGUAAGUAGAAAAUUUAAGGCAGACGAAGCUGACUAGAGUGUGUGUUCUUGCAUAUGUGUUUGUGAAGGGUGCUGUUAGACAUUGUAAGGUCUCCUCUUGCCAAUCUCCAGCCAUAAAGGAGGCUACAUGUUAAUUUGAUCAUUUAGGCUUUCCCCCAUAGUGGUGAUUUCUCAUUUUAUACUUCUCCCUGAAGAUGAGACAAAUUGUUCUGUGGAUGUGCCACUCUGACUAAACCAGAAGCAUCAGUGAGUAGAGCACAGCACAGAAUUCAUCUUGCUUCUAGGCACCCAUUAUGUACUACAGUGCAAGCAGCAUGUUGUGCUACAGGUGCUGAUGAACUAGAGUUCAUUUCUUAUCGUAGGAGAUCUCAGCUCAGUGUCACUCCUUGUGAUCAAGUUAGCUUUAGCAGCACACCCAUCCCUGGUAGGUCUUUCCUGUGUAUAUGCCAAUAAGAACUGGUUUGGGAGUUUUCCAGAUAGAAAGGUUCUAGAAGCUCAAAAAUAGAGGGAGCCAAAUGCAUUUCCUUCAUUGCUGAAUGCAUUUGAAGUUCUAGAAGAGCUAGGUAUUCAUCCUUUCUUUAUUCUUGCCUCCACAUCUUGGACCAUUGGCUCCUGUGAACAUGUAGUCCAAGUCCUGAAGCACGGUACAUAAAAUAGAGACAUGAUGUGGCAACCAAAAUAAUUAAGGGCAAGCAAGACUCCUUUGACUUUCCCUAUGUGGCACAACAGUGACAGUAACUAGAAUUGGCAAUGUAAUGCUCAAUUCAUUAAAAAAUUGAAGGUGUAAAAGACAGCAAGAACUGACAAGACUAGUAGCUUUCACUGCAUUCAUUUUUAAGAUCAGCUUUACUGACGAACAGUCACAUUAACGUGACACGGCUCUUUUCAAAUUGCUUCAUUUAUGAACACAGGUAUUUUGAGGCUUCUGCUCUAUGAUUUUAAGCCUCGUUGGGCUUUUUUCCACAACGAUUCUUCAAAUCAUAUAAAGUUAAUUAUGCACAGAAGAAAAGAAACAGAGGCGUGUCAACAACUGACAGAAACUACAGAGACCUUAGAGAACUUUGGCACAGCUGUUGACAUGCACAGACACGGUGAAGUUUAAGCAUGCAGAUAAACUGUGGUUUGCCUACGCCUACAUCUCAGACACAAUACAGCUUCGGAGCAUUACAGAAACGCUGGGUCUCAGUAACUCCAAGAAGUCUUCACGAUGUUCCUUGCUAAAGCUUUGCUGAGCGGAGGAAGUGGUAGUGGUCAUGGAGGGAGCCUUGCACAUGGCCUUGGAGGUCUCCUGACAGGAGGUGGUCAUGGAAGGAAUCUUGGAGGACUUGUUGGAGGUCUUGUCAAUCUUGUAAGAGAAGCAGCAGCUCAGUAUAAUCCGGAGCCACCUCCACCUCCACACAAUCAUUUUACGAAUGUGGAAGCUUACGAGAAUGAGGAGAUCAGACAGUUUCGUCUCCUCUUUGUCCAGCUUGCUGGAGAUGAUAUGGAAGUGUGUGCCACUGAGCUAAGGGACAUCCUGAACAAAGUCGUUUCCAGACAUCAAGACUUGAAAACAGAUGGCUUCAGCUUGGACACAUGCCGUAGCAUGGUAGCUGUCAUGGACAACGAUACAAAUGGCAAACUGGGCUUUGAAGAGUUUAAGUAUCUGUGGAACAACAUCAAGAAAUGGCAGUGUGUUUACAAGCAGUAUCAUACUGAUCAAUCAGGCACUGUUGGCAGAGCUCAGCUGCCAGGUGCCUUGAAGGCUGCAGGGUUCCACCUGAAUGAGCAGCUUUGCCAAGUGAUCAUACGCAGGUAUGCUGACGAGCACAGCAGCAUGGACUUUAACAACUUCAUUAGCUGCUUGGUACGACUGGACAGCAUGUUCCGGACCUUCAAGUCCCUGGACCGAGAUGGAGAAGGACAGAUUAAAGUGACCAUUGAAGACUGGCUAGAGCUGACCAUGUAUUCGUGAAGGUGUACUAGAGAGGAAAAGCUUUGUCUGGAAGAUACAUACAGAAGACUACAAUCCUCUACUAUAGAACUAUAGUCUUUUCCUUGUUCUAAGGCAGAUGUAGCUUGUGGCAGAUAGCUCAAAGUGUUGUGGUUCCUCUUCUGCAUGCAUUAAUCUGCUUUUCUGAAGGGUUUGGGUUAGUUAUCAGUUGAACAGCUGCAUGUCUCAGAAAACCUAGAUUCUGAAGUGUGGGAAUAUGUGGAAGGAUCAAAGCUUAGUUAUUCAUUUAAAGUGGCUUGUAUGUGAGUAUAACUAUUACCUAAAAGCUCGGAAGUUUGGUGUUGAUGUUACUGUUCCAACUCUUCAGCAUUUGCUAAGCCAGAAUAAAGCUCUGUUUGCCUAAAGGCAAUCACCAGUAAAGAGAGUUGCUCAGUUAUUUCCAACAAGGGGAAAAACAUGAGAAUUGCAAUAACUAUGAUGAAUUUACAUAAUCAUAUUUAAUUUCCUUCCUGCUUCUCCUUUUUGAUGCUUGUCUGCUGCAGCAAAACCUGAGUGGUAUUGUCAGUUCUACCUUCAGGCCAAGACAGAUCUGAAGACUUACAGAAGGCUCCUUCUAUAACCUUUUUCUCCUUUCUACAGUUCUAUUAACUAGUCUUUUCUUUUUUUCCUUUAAGCCUUAUUAUAGUUAUAAGAACAACUUAAAAUACUACAUUUAUAUUUAGAGGAGUUUGCUGUAAUAAUGCAGUCACAUAGCAGGGAGCCAGCCAAAAUCAGCCUCUGGCUGAGUUAGAUUUUAUCAGGGUGCAGCAUCCCACUCAAGCUAGUUAUGUAGUUCUGUCAACUUUUGAGUAAAAGAAAACAGAAUAACUUGAACUGUCAAAGGUUCAUUUCUUUGCAGUAAGGAUUACAUGGUUGAUGAAGACAGCCUUUUAACAAGGCAGUUUCUCAGCAGGGCUUUGCUGCUUUACAGGAAAAUGGUUUAAGGUACGUGCUAGCUGACUGGAAUGUGCAAGGAUGAGUUUAGUAGCACCACAGGCAGUCUGUAGUUGUCAGAAUCCACACACCCCUGCCCCUCCCUAGGGAAACAUCAGUGACUAAUCGAGAAAUCCCACACAAUACCUGCAGGGCAUCUGAAUGCUAACAAAUGUGUUGUGGUUUGGGUUUGUUUCUAAAUUUCUGUAGCUUUGAUUUCUACAUUCUGCAGUUACACUUGGCAAAUACUAUUUUCCAAACUGAUGAGAUCUCCUCCCUGCUAUACAUGCAGAAGCCUUUUGCUUGCAACUUAAGAAAAAGUAACUUACGACUUUUGCUCAGACUUUUUUCCUCCUGCAUUUUGUUUAAUACCAAGCUGGGUGACAGAAAGAGUAAAAAUACUCGUAUUGGCCCAAAUUUAGCACUUUAAUGGAAGUAGUAUGACCCUUAUUAGUUCUUGAGAUGAAAGA